AUGCCGAAAGAGGAACAGAAGCAGCAAGCUGUUAAAGAACAUGAGAAGAACAAAGAAAGAAAAUCCAAAGACUACGGAAGGUCCAAGUCAAAGAAAAAGAAAAAAAAGAAAAAGAGAACUAAGCCUGAAUACUCCGGCAGUGAAGAAAACACAGACAUUUCACAGGAGCUCUCUCCUGAAAAAUCAGUUGUCACAAAAUGUAUUUCUUCAAAUAAAUCAUCUGCCCACCCAAGCACGUUGCUACAGUGCUCUGAUUCUGGACAGCACAGAGGAAAAUCAAAAACAAAUGAGGAUGACACCUUAAGUGAGUCAUCUAUGGAUAGCUUGCUUUGGAGUGACGAUGACUGCAGUCAGGAUGUUGAUGUAACCACGAACCCUGAUGAAGAAGUUGAAGAAAGUGAUUUUGAGAUUGUUCGGUGUGUUUGUGAAGUAAAAGAAGAAAAUGACUUCAUGAUUCAGUGUGAAGAGUGUCUGUGCUGGCAGCAUGGAGUCUGUAUGGGUUUACUGGAAGAUAAUGUACCUGAGAAAUAUACCUGCUAUAUUUGUCAAGAUCCUCCAGGUCAGAGGUCCAGCUUAAAGUACUGGUAUGAGAAGGAGUGGUUAAGUAAUGGUCACAUGCAUGGCUUAGCAUUUUUGGAAGAAAAUUAUUCCCACCAGAAUGCCAAGAAGAUAGUAGCCACUCACCAGCUUCUUGGUGAUGUUCAGAGAGUGAUAGAAGUACUGCAUGGACUGCAGCUGAAGAUGAGCAUAUUACAAAAUAAAGAACAUCCUGACCUAAAGCUUUGGUGCCAUCCAUGGAAGCACAUUACAGUGGAUGAAAAAAUUCAUACAAAACACAUCAUUCAUAUUGAGGAAAACUGUUGCAAAGAGGAGACGGCAAGUUAUAGAACUUGGAAUGGGACAGUUGAGAAACCCUCAACCAUUCCUUCUGUGGAGGAGUCGUACAUUACGAGUGAACACUGUUACCAGAAGCCUCGGGCCUACUACCCUGCGAUAGAGCAGAGACUGGUUGUGGAGACAAGAGGUUCAGCCAUGGAUGAUGGAGUAAAUAGAAUAAGGGAAAAUGGGGAUGAUGCCCUGUCAGAGAGAUUGGGCUGGAAUCUGGACCAAGAAAUAUGCAAGAUGGAGAAUGAACCCAAACACAAUUACUCUAAGGUAAGAGAGUGUGUCUCUAAGAAAGUCUCUCCAGAAGAAGCCAUUGAAAGGAAAUUGCUGGAAAAAGACAAAGAAGGAGUUGUGAACUCGCAGCUGCAGUGGCAGCUCAAUCUUUUAGCUCAUGUGGAGUCUCUGCAAGAUGAAGUCAUACACAGAAUGGAUUUCAUUGAGAAGGAGCUAGAUGUUUUGGAGAGCUGGCUGGAUUAUACAGGAGAGCUGGAACCACCAGAACCACUAGCUCGACUCCCACAACUCAAACAUUGUAUAAAGCAGCUUAUAACGGACUUAGGCAAAGUGCAACAGAUUGCACUUUGCUGCUCAACAUGAGACUAGAAGAUGUUGGAGACUGUUAUUGAGUGUGAAGUUGGAGCAUCUGAUGUGAACUGUAAAUUUAAAUGAAAUUAGCAUGCUGGUUGCAUGUGAUGCAGAUUGACUUCAGGGAUUUGUGAAGAAGUGCUGUUCAAAGAACAGCAAAAAGGUUAUUU